AUGACGGCCACACAAUGCCAACUGCCUAACCACAAGUGCGUGCAGAUGGGUUGGCGCAAGUCACGCACGACGAACAACUCCUGCGGGCUCGCGGUGCUGUACGGCAAGCGUGUUCAAGGAGCGCUACAGCAGGUUGCAGUGCCACCGACAAAGCUGGGAAUCACAGGCAGAGUGGGCAUGGUGAGAUUUGCGAUGCAGGGCAUGUCGAUCGCCAUCUUCCCGAUCUAUGUGCCGCCGAAGGGGAUGGCAGCAAAUACGCUGCGCCAGGCGUUGUGCAUGGGCAUCGACGCGAGGCGAUACACCAACGAGCAUGACAGGAAGUACGUGCCAGUCAACUUUUCUCGAGACUUUAUUGACAUUUACUCACCCUCUGUGAGCGAGUGGAACUCGUAUCUGGGGGAAGCAGAUUACUCCUACUCCCUGCUGCGUGGCCAGUGUCCGAUCAGCAAGGCCACCGUGGACAUAGGCAUCGGACUUUUUGUAGAUGAUGUUUCCAGAGUACAUGUACACGCAUACGCACCGAACGCGAAGUACAUCACACAGCAGCUUAACCACGCGACGCACACAUUGCAGCAGCACAUCAACACGAACGGGCACCACCUGAACAUGGAUAAGACGAACCACAUGAUCGCACUUGCAGGACAAGUAUGGCACGAGCACCUCCCGUACAAGCUGCACCGCAUGUUUUUCUUAUGUUUUGUAUACAGCGCAGCGAUCACAGGUCUCACAGCUUUCGUAUUGCCGAAGGAGUUUACGGACGAGAUUGAUUCGACACUCGCCAAGCUCCUCAGAUGUCUCAUGAAAGGCAGUGCGGCUACAGAAUACGACAACGGACGAAUACGGACAAUAUCCAACAGCGAAGUUUUUGAUCAUUGGAAGCUUAGCCGCACUGCCACAGAGCUGAGAAUUCAGAGAAUACGCUGGUGGCAGCAAAUUUCGAAGGAGCCUGACAACCAUCGUCAGGUGCUCACGGCCAUGUUCGGGACAACAGAGCUCGACAUGCAGCUGGGCAGGCGCAGGCUCGACCAAGUUGGCACGCUGACAAAAUAUAGUACUCCUUGGGCAGUGCAGUGUCUUGAGGAUCUGAAGUUCGUAGCGCAGUUUGCACGAGACUUUGACGAAGCAUGGACUGAUAAGGAAAACGUCCUCUUGCCGUUCCAAGACUCCACCCUCAGUAAGAUCUUUGCGAAGAUAAACAUAGGCUCCCUGAGGCCCCUUACGAGCACGAAGAACAUUACAAGAUGGAACAAGGUACUACAAAAUCUAGGGCUUCGGGAGAUCUCGGAGGAGGAUGCGAUCAAGAUGGGGAUUCUGGAGGUACAGAGUAACAUUAGCAGCAACAGCAGCAUCGCAGAGGAGUUCAUAUGCACGCACGAGAACGAAGACGGCACUAUAUGCGCAAGUACGUUCAACAGCAUGAAGGAUACUGAAUUACACAGUCAUCUGGACCACGUGCAGCAGCACGCGCCAGGGCCUGACAAGAAUCAGCAUCAGCCGAGCGACGAGCCGCAGGGCGACGAGCACGAUGUGGCGAUCGUACGGAGCGAGAAGCGGAGGAAGACCACGAUCGGAGACGAUGGUGGCAAGGGGAAGACAGGCAAUGGCAAGUCGAAUGGAUCCGCCAGCGAGGUGAACAAGGACGACGAGAUGGUGACGAUCGAGAAGCUGUGCCUCAACAACGCACAAAUCGUGCGACAACUCUCGGGCAGCUUGUGGGACUUCUACCUGGUCGAGGGAGAGCACACGCCGUCGGAGGCAGGAGCCAACGAGGGCCAAGAGUACGCCAACAAGGUACAGAACGGAGCGAAGAACCUGGGCUCGCCGCACGUGUACAUCGGAGCGACGUUCUUCGAGGAGCUGGCCAGCCUGACUACUACGCCGUCACCGUACAAAGAGACCCUCGAGCAGUUCGCCAUGCUGAUCAACGUCAUCCACGUGGACUUCUUCGGGGACAUUCUGCCGUACUUCAAGGUCAAGAAGGCAUACAGCGAGGCAGGGAUGGGCACGAGAUGGAAGAUACACAUUCUGUUCAACGCGCUGGCGAUGAGCCCGUGGACAGAGGAGAACGAAACCAAGAUCAACCAGAAGCGCGAGGCGCAGGGACAGAUGCCGAUCAAGCUGGAGCACGCUCAGACCUACCACCUCCGCCAGGCGACCCACGUGGCCAUCACGAACAGCGGGGGCAAUGCCAUAGUGGGGGCGCCGCCGCCGAGCGCCCUGACACUGCUGGACGCGGGCCGUGCGGACCGCAGAAUCGCCGCGCUGGGGCUGGAUCCCGAGGUGGCCUUCUCUGGCAGCCCGAUGGCGAGGGCGGCGACCCAGGACUCCAGCCUGGACGUCGCCGUCGGAGCCGUCAAGGCAUCCAUAAGAUUGGCGGCUUGGUGGGAGCCGCCAGGUGCGAGGAAGUCAGGGGAGGCCGAGAUGGCCCUGGAGGCCGAGGCCCACGGCGCCGCGCGGGUCCCAGCGAGCCUCCGCGAGGAUUCUGGGAGCGGCCGCGGUGCCGCGGUGAAGCCGAGGAAGUUGGAACGCUUCUGGCACCAGGGCAAGGGCGCAAAGCGAGAAGUAUGCCACGCGGAGCUCGGUGCCGCCGCCGAGGCGCCCAGCGGCAGUCUGCCCGUGCCCGGGUGCGUCUCCCCCCCCGAGCCGCUGGACGCGGGCGGCUCGGGGAGGCUUACUGGGCCAGACGCCGCCGAACCCAAGCGGGAUGAGUGCUCGCCGGGCGCCAGGGAUCCCUCCGGCAACGUUGGCAUCAGCUUCGUUGAGGCCGGCCCCGCGGGCGAGUCUGCGGAGGUGGUUGCUCAGAGCCGAGGCCGCGGGAUGGACACCGCUGCCACGUCGGACACCGGCCUCAAGUCAUCAGGACUGGAUUCCUCCAAGACCGCGGACACGAACGAGGUGCAGUGGGAGUGGGAGCACCGCACCGGCUGGCGGCCCUACGACGCGAGGGCGCAGGUGAUGAUCGAGAAAGCCUACAGAGACGGAGUCCCCAAGGUCAGGCUGAAGACAGGGAAAGGGAAGGACGUGCCAAUGGAGAUCUUCUUCAGGGACUGCAAGCAGUGGGAUCCCAUCA